AUGCGCGAAAGGAUAUCGACCAAAACGGACAAACCCUUUCCGAACGACGACGUGGAUGACAGUGACAAUUUAUGCAACCGCAUAUGGCUCAGCCAUUUGAAAAAUGAGAUGAAAGCGAAAGGGGGCAACACAUGCUCCACGCUGAAGCGAAAAAAAAGCGGAAAUGGAAAGAACAAUCAGUACAGCUCCAGUUACGACAGUGGAGAUACCCACCCGUCCAACCAUGGGGGGGAAGUGGGUCACUGGAGGGAAAAUGCCGACCAGUGUGAUGAGGCUGCCUUUUUUUUCCAGCACAAAUUAAAAGGAAAUAUGCGAAAGGGUUCCACACUCACACACGGAAGUGAGAAUGAAAAGCAAAGUUCCAAAUGGGGGGACACGAUCUUCCCUGCCCAGUUCGGCCCCACAGACGAUGUGAUAUUUCCCUUCGUUCAGCAGGUGAGAGGUGACCUUCACAAGAUUAUGCGAACCGUGGGGGGUUCAUCUCAGCGUCAAGGAAGGACACGGGUCAGGGUUAAGGAAGCAACAAAAGGAAAUGACACCUCAUGGGGGGAAGGCCCCUGCUUGUUAAGCGGGAAAAGCAGGAAAGACAGACACGACCAUGGGGGCCACCAAACGACGAAUGGGUACCACGAAGAGUUUAACAUGAGCGAUAUGUACAGCUGCGACGGGAACAUUCCCGACGUGGACGGGAUAAAAGUGCAUCGAAUGGGUGAAUGGGGUAACCCGAGCAAGCCACACAAACCGGGAAAAAUGCGAAAAGUGAAAAAAAUGAGAAAAUCGCGUGGGGAGAAGAAUUGCAAAAAUCGCCUCAUCGGCUGCAGAAGUGGCAGUGGGACCACCCAGUUGUUCAGCUCCCCUGAUUAUGAAUGUUACCGAUCGGAGGAAGAAAAGGGGAAGGUGAAAAAAAAAAAAAAAAAAAAACAAAGCGACAUAAACAGCAGGGAUGAGUCAAACCAUAUUGCUCCUCUCUUGUUCAAUCUCAUCGACAUGCAUAAAAAUAAUUUAAGCAAAGCCGAUGAGGUUACGGUGAAAAAAUCUUUUAGUCAUUAUUACUACAAAGGCGAGAGGACACGGGGUGGUGCGGAAGGCCGAGGAAGGCACGGCGGUCAAUUCGACGGUGCAUCCCCACGGCAUCGCAAAAAUGGUAGCACAGUAAAUGGUGCCGCUGGAGGAGGAAGUGGCAAUAUUUCCAGCAAAAUUUGCGCUAAAAAUAACGCCCAUAAUAACGCCAAAAAUAACGCCAAUUUUUGCGCCAAAAAUAUUCGCAAAAAAAUUAGCAAACAUACCAACAAGUACAUUGCGGAAGACGAAGACGGAGACGAAGAGGGAAUCUUCGGCGAAACCCAGGACGAAAGGAAAAGGAAAAAAAAAAGCUGUAAAAGCAAAAGCAGCAACAGGAAGCAGGACACCGCAGAAGAGGAUGACCAAAGCGGGAACUGCAGUUCGCGCAAGGCAGGCACGAAAAAUUAUGCACAGGGCAGAAGGGAGACGCUGCAUGAUGAUUCGCGUAUCUCUGCGCCUGAGUGGCACUUUGUGAGGAGCGUAAGUGAAGACGAAGCUUCUGGCCAGAGCGCAGAGGGAAACCAUAAACGUAGCCAUAGAAGCGAUCAUAGCCGUAACAAUAGCCGCAACAAUAGCGAUUGCAAACGUGGCAGCCGCCGAAGCAGCAUCUCAGUCAGCCUGCUCGACGGAGGCCCCCUCCUGGGCGGAAACCUUUUCCCAGCAACCGAAACUGAGGGAGAGGGGUCCCCCCCGAUUUCACCAAAGUAUAACGCACGUGUUGUGCCCAAGUCAGGAGGGGCCGCAACCCCAAGUGGUAGUCACAACGUAAGCGAAAUCAGCAGUGCGCCUAGAAGCGACUGCCCGGACGAGGACAUCUCCUUUAAAAGGAACUCAAAGCAGAGCCAGAAUCUGGCCGAACGAACAAUGAACAACAACAGUUAUUCCUUCCACGACGAGGAGGAAUUUAAGGACGCGGACCAGGACAGGUACGCAGAGGAGGAAAGUCCCCCCCAGAAGGAAUUGGAACAGAGGGGUAGGAAAAAUAAAAAAAAGAAUUCCAAAGGAAUUGAUGUGGAUGGAAGUUUACCCGAAGUAGGGAGCAUCGCCGAAGUGGACCAACCAGGCCAUGCAUCGAAUAGUACCCACGAAAAGGAACCCAAAGAAAGUACGCCCAAAUAUACACACAUAAUAGCUAGCUCCCAAAAAAAAAAAAAAAAUUCAAGUGAAAUUCACGAUGAUGAAACUAUCCACGAUGAGAAAAAAACUUCUGUGAAGGAUAACGUGUAUGAAAAUUUCAUAAGGGAGUACCAAAAUUUGCAAUCGCUCUUUUCGUUUAAUAAGGAAAGGAUAGAGGAAGGUGGCGAGGAUGACGACGAUGGCCACGACGAUGAAGAUGAUGACGAUGAUGAUGAUGAGGAGGAGGAGAGGAAGAAGAGGGAGGACCCUUUCGGAGCAUCACGCAGUAGAGUAUUAAACAGGGACGUGAACGAAAGUCUACGUGAAGAUGUCUUAUCCAAGAAUAACCGCAGCACGAGGUUACCAAAUGAGGGGUAUGCUAACCCAAAGGGAGAAACAUCCCCCCGUGGUACAAACCGAAGCGACAAGGGGGUGGAGUCCCUGGAUCAGCUCUCAUACAACUUUGGCCAAUAUAAUAAGACAGACUCGAUUGACAAAGUAGACGUUGGAGUGGUCCCUAGGGAUGAUUCCCCUCGAAGUCGUGGCAAAGGGUUAGGUGGAAACGAAGACACUGACAGCAGUGGGGUGGUUCCUAUUGGAGAUGACCAACAGGAGAAGACCCACUCGAGUGAAAAAGAGAACGACAGUGGGAUGAACGAAGAGGUGACGCAUGAACACGUAGGAAAGAAUAGAAAGGGACAAAAGUCAGCAGAUGUGGAUGACUCCGUGGGGACUGGUAGUAAAAAGAACAAAACAGAAGGAAGCACCAGACGUGUGAAACAACAAUCCAGUGGUGGAAAUUUGCAAAGCCGUGUGAAGAGGAGCACUCCCGAUGGGGAGACGGGCGACGUUAACGGGGUGCGAAGUAAAAACUCAGAUUUGUUGGUUUGGAAUGAUCUAAUGGGACGGGGUGACAUGCUCGCCGUGGGUGACACAGUUGGGAAGAUGUCCCUCUCCAGCAACAAGACGGUGCCAAACGGAAGCAACUACAACUACUUUGAAUACGAAGCGAACAACUCGAAGAAGCUGCUUCACAGAAACAUGAGCAGCAUGUAUAGCAUGAACGGAUCGAAUUUAACGUUCCACCAGGAUUUUUUUAAAGACAUUUUAUUGUUAAGUGAGGAGAAAAAAAAAGAAAAAAAAAAAAAAAAAUCGAGCAAGCAACACAGUUCCGAUCAUUUUGAUCAGCUUGAGGAGCUGCCCUAUUUUGAUGAAACGAAAAAUGGGAAACAUUCCAAGAAGCGAAGUAACUACACUCACCAGGAGGAUGAAUUUAAUAGAAGCUUAAGUUCCAGAAGGGACAAGUUCAGUGACAGGAAGAGCAGCAGUGCUGCGAAGAGCAUUGCCGCCAAGGGGAGGAGCUUGAGGGAAGAAGAAGGGAAUGAGGAAGACGAUGACGAUGAGGAUGACGUGGAUAGGGAAGAAAGUGAUGAAUAUGGGGACUACGAUGGGGAAGCCGUUGAAGGGGGGGGUUGUAGCUAUGAUGAGGAAGACCUCCACAAUGGCGACCACCUGGAAAGAUCGCAUGGUCCCAGCGAAAGUCACAAAGAGAGAAGGAAGAAAAAAAAACUACAAGGAGAACAUACCAGGAAAAGCAAAAGUGGAAAGUUGGAAAGGGUGAAGAUCGUCGAAGAGAAGAAUAAACCCCACAAGCGUAAGAGUAUUAAGGAGAAGAGGAACUGCAGUCGAACUCAUAACAAUUCGAUUUGCUCCCUGGAGGAUGACGACUUUUAUGAUGACGUGGGAUAUUUCCCUUACCAUGAAAGGAGGGGCCGUCAUCACGAUGCAACAAUUGAAGGUGACCCUCCCGAUGACAACCUCCAUAUUGAUAUGCUGGAUGACCUCCAUAAGGAUAUCCUAGCUUACCCAGAUGAAGUGCAUAACCACGAAGAUGAACCAAACUUGGAAAAAGCAAAAAGAAAACGAAAAACGAGUAGAAGGAAAAAAGAAGAUUUGAGGGAAGAAUACAUGAAGGAGUUUUUCAGCUCAGUUCUGGAUAACCAAAUAUAUAAAAAAAAUCUGAACAGUAAAGACUUCUGUCGUAAUUUUGCCCCAGAGGGGGAGGAGGAUGCUGAUGCAGAGGAGGGAGAAAAACAUAUGCUUAGAAAUAUUUCUAAAGUCAUACGAGCGGAAAAUAUAAACACAGAGAUUGAACUUCUGCGAAAUGAAAUUAUGCAGACGAAGAUGUCCAAGGAGAGCCUACCCAAUGGAGGAAAAAAAAAAGACGCGUAUAAAAGUGGCCACCCUGUGGAGAUGACCCAUAGGAAGAAAAAGUCGAACGAUAAGGAGGAAGAGAAAAGAAACAGCCUUAAAGUGGACCCCAAAACGGGCAAAGAUGGAAGUCAUAAAAAUACGUUUGCUACCCAUUACCAGGAGGAAGAGGAUUACUAUACCCCCCACCAUGAAAAGAAAAAAAGAGAAUCUCACGUGAAGGUGAGGGAUGCCAACGUUGAGGAGGAAGAAAGGUUUAGAAAAUCGAAAGGCAGAAGCAAAUUAGCGGGCAGAGACAGAGCCCACUCGUUUAAUGAGGAAGGACGUGGGGUACCCACACCACAUGGAAACAACAACCACCACCACCACAACAACAGCAACAGUAAUAACAGCGGUGGAGUAGGCGUGGGAGGAUUGCACCUGAACAAAAGCCUCGAAUUUUUUUCCAACAAUUUUUUAAGUUUGAAAAGAUUCAUCGAAAGAAGAAAUGCUGACACAAAUUACGACGCGAAGAGGGAAGACGAUUAUGGAGACAAGGCAGACGAACAAGUAGAUGUUGAUUUUAAAAAAAAAAAAAAAAACUCCUACGAGGAUUAUGAGCAUGCCCAGAUGAUGAACAAGACCAGCCACAAGACGAACCGCGGACUCAGAUUUGACAAUUUUUUUGGAAUGAAUAAACCGAAUAGUGAAUCCUUAAAUUUAUACAAGAAUUUCAUUAAGGAGGAUGGGAAAGGUGGAAAGGGCGACCAGCGCAAGAAGGGACGCACCCGGAGGGAUAGCGGAGAGCGCUUCGAUUCUGGGUUCGGUGCGUGGUUCGGCCAAGGGUUUGGCACUGGGUUUGGCACUGGGUUCGGUUCCGAUUCGGGUGGGGAGCACAGAGGAGCGGCCCGACGCGAGCAGCGGGGCCAGCAUGCGGAGCAGGCAGAGAAAACGGAUAGUAUGGUGGAUGGAAAUGAUGACAAAAAUGAGGAGGUUGAAGAUGAGCAGGGUGACGAUGAUGAAGUGGAUGGGGACGACUCAGCUCGAAGUGCCAGAAGACCCAAGGGGGAGAAGACCUUUUCCGAAGGAAGAGGGGUGGAUGUGGUGGGUGGCCACGCAGGUACUCGUUCGGGUAAGGGCACUCCACGAGGCAGAACCAAAAAGGACACAACAAAUGAGGAAAGCGAUGAAGGUAUACCCAAGGGGGAGAACCUACCGGAUGAGGAACAGCUGUGCGGACCGGGGAAGAGCCACAAGAACGUGAAAAACAUACUGCUCUCCCUAGAGUUAAGCAACGAGGACAAAAUUUAUAAAGUCAGGAAAAUUCUGUACUACUCCUCCAGUGAUGAAAAAAAACUCAUGAUCAACGAAAUAUUAAAUACGUUAUAUGUGUACCCGCAGUUGUAUGUUGCUUGUAUUAUCUGUCUGUUCUAUUUGUUCAUUCUAGACAACGAAUUGUUUGAAAGGAAUUUCAAUUCAGAUGAUUUGGUCUAUCUGUUCAAUGAGAAAAUUGACUUCAGAUACGCCGAAUGGUUUUUGAAAACGUAUAUUUUUUAUAAAUUUAAAUUUUCCAGUGGAACGCACUCUAGUGAAUAUUACAAGAAUUGUGUGCGGAGUGCCGUUGGGAGUGACGGCAAGCGGGGCAGUGUUGACAUCGAGCAGGGGGAGGGCCCCCCCGAUGGGGCAAGCGCGAACGGAGGGGAACCGGCAGACAAGGUGACAGACAAAACGACAGACAAAACGGCAGACAAAACGGAAGACAAAUCUGCAGAUAGCGUUGCUGACGGUGUAAACGCCAACGCAACAGACAAAGAAACAGUUGGAGUUUGUGAUAAGGCCAGUGACAGAACCAGUGAUACCGCACGAGAGAGGCACAUAAAACACAAAAUGUUCGACGUCUUUUUCGAGGGGUACCACUCCAGUGUGGACUCCAUGGAUAACUACUUCUGUGAGAGGAAGAGACACAUGGAAAGAGGAGCAAGUAACGCAAGGGAUGUAAAUGACGCAAGUGACCUCUGGAAAAGUAUAGAAAAACUAAAAUGCGUUGGGUACAAAGAAUGCAAAACUUUGCUAAAGUUAUGUUUAAAAAAUGAAAAAGAAAAAAACAUUAACAAUUUGAAGGCAAGUAAAAUACGCAGUUUAGUCAUUUCGAUCUGGUCCAAUAUCUACACCUCUCGUCCGAAGAAAUCUUUUCUGAAAAUUAUUUUUAAUUGGCUCAAUAGCAGGAAAGACGACCUAAACAAGAAGAAGAAUCUACUGUACUUGUUGCAAUCAGAGAAGAAGAAAAAUAUCCACUUGCAGAGAAUCUGUUUCACCUACUUUUUGAAACACAUCAUUAAGCAUAAGGAGGAGUGUUCAAAUGAUUUGAUUUAUUCGUUGUAUUUGAUCGAGGAGAGUGAAUUGAAAAAAUAUUCAAGGGAAUUUUUUGAAACGAACAGAACCGAUGUUAACCAAUUUAUCUCCAUCUGGAAUGUCAUGUGUAUCCUCUUUUGGGACACGAAAAAGAUCAAUGACUUUGCAUUCCUGCAGAAGAGCAAAUUUUACUACUACGACUUUAUGCUCAUUUUUUUUAGGGCGUUUUAUGAGUAUGUGUGUGUCAAUAAGGGGCUCGAGCGGGGCGCCCUUUAUUUGAAAAAAGGCGUACCCACGGAGGUAACCGGAGCAGUCACAGGUGUGGUAACGGGAACCGAAGUAGCAGAUGGUACCCCCCCACGCAGGAGCAUUUCCGUGUCCAACUGCUCCUCCAACAAGGACGACACGCAGGAGGACGAGGGAGACGGGUACCUCAACCUCUUCGACGUGGAAAACAUAAUCAACAAUUUCAACUUCGACGAUUUUGUAAGCAGCGAAAUGCGGAACAGCAGUUACUUCGAUGCCUUCCUGGGUUCAGCCAGACGAGCAGGAACAGGAGGGGAGGCCAAUUCCACGGGGAGAUCAAAACUUAAUUGGAACGGAGUGGGAAGCGUCCCUCAGAAUGCACUACCAAGCCAGCACACCAAUGAAGUUGGCCCAACGGGGGAGCGUUACAGAGGGGUGGUUCCUUCCUCAUCGCACCGACCAUGCAGCACCGACGGGGUAGAACCACCUUACACCCAACAUUUUGGAGAGCCCUUCCAAGCGGAAAAGCCAAACGAAACAACUAACCAGGGAGGUGAACAUCCCACUUUCCCGGCGACCACCCAACGAAGCACACACCCAAAUGACAGCAGCGAAAUGGAGAAUCUACUCCUCCUAGGAAUAUGCAUCAAAAUCGUUAUUUGUAGAAUUUCCAACCUACUGAAUGCCAAGUCUUGUUUGGAACAGUUUUAUUAUUUUCUGAACAACCAGAAGCUUGGGUUCAGGACCUUUAAAAAUGCUCAUAUGGUUUUGGUUUAUUUUAUUCCCUUUUUUAAGAGGUACUAUUUUUUGUGGAAGUUUAUUGAGCACGAAAUAGAUGUAGAGAUCAUGACCCUCCUUCAGAACAUACUAAACGACUUGGAACAGAUUCAGGUUUCUCAGGCGUCUUCCCCCGUGGGGAGAGUUUUUCCCGGUGUCACUGCUACGCAUCAGCUGUGCGGGGUGAACAAUCCACUACAUGUGGGUGAAAUGAAACAGGGAAAAAACCCGUAUGAUCAGUUCAAUCAGGAGAGCCUCCCUGAACGGUUUACGUCCCCCUUUGGAGAGAGACCCUACGUGAAGAGCAGUACGUGCAACUCCCAAAAUAGGGGUGCGUUCCCAACUGGAGGGGAAAAGAAGAUAAACAGCUUGGAGCAUUUUUACGCAAACGGAAAGUUGAAUUUGCAUCCAAGUGGGCCGAACGGGAGGGUAUCAUCACCCAUAGGUGCAAUCAACACAGUGCCGGUAGGAGUUGUCCCUUUGAAGGGAACGCUCUGCCGGAGUGAAGAAGACACAGAUGAAAAUUGCAUCACCUACGAUGACAUGUUCAGAAAUUACGACAGUGAGAAUAACUCGGAGGGGAAAGCCAGUCCGGACGAUUGUUGCAAUGUGAAGGAGUACAUAACAAGUCUGCACUUCCACAACCCACUUGAGGAGAAAAUACUUUCCAGGAAGAAGGGAGGUGCGUCUCUACAUGGGGAGAAGAAAGGAAGGAAGGACAACGAUGACGGAGAGGGUGCUACCAAUGGGGAUAAUAUGGAUGAGGAGAAUUCUUAUAGCAAGGAAGGAGGCACAACUGUUGGAGAGGCAAACGGAUCGACGUGCCCACACGAAUCGAAGGAAGACCUAUUCGGAUCGAACGCUACACGUGUGGGAAUUUUCCCCAUGGAGACCUCCCUCCACAGGCAAUCUUCUUCCGGUCAGAAUUAUCACAUCAACGGUAGGGAGUAUAAAAAUGGAGGGACUAAGGACCUGCCGUAUGGGAAGAAGACUAGCGGAGGGGGGGGAAAUGUUACUUCCAUGAUGAUGCCGCCAGACCCGUUCGGAAAUGAGAACAACGUAAUGAAGAAAUUUCCCUCCCUGGGGGUGCUGGAUUCUGAAGAUGAGAAGGUAGAAAAUGGCGCAGUGGAUCCCAAGUCAGGCAAGGGACUACCUUUAAGUACUGAAAAAGGCAAGGGAAAAAGAAAAGAUUCCCUGAAAAACAACACUACAACAAAAGGGGACGGAAGUAACAUCAACAACGUCGCCCAUCAGAUGGAACACAUUGGCAACCACCCGAUCAAUGGACCACUGAAUGAGUUUCCCUAUGAGAAUCCAAUGCAAGGCACCCCCCCUGGUAGUGCACUCAGUAAAAAUAUUUGCAUAAAAAAAAAUCCCCUUAACGAUAAUUACCAAGAAGUGGAUUUCACGACGAGCAUUCUGAGAAGGAAAAACAAAUCCGGAGAAAGCAACAAAUCGGGAGAAAGGAACAAAUCGAAAAAAGGAGCAACUGCUCAAAAGUAUCUGAUGCUAAAGGUAGACACGUUUGAGUUAAAGAGAAUGACAAGGAGUAAGCUGAAGUAUCCACCGGUUGGGUUGGUAAACUUAGGGAACACGUGUUACUUGAAUAGCCUUCUGCAGGCCUUAUACAGCACGGUCUCCUUCGUAGUCAAUUUAUACCUGUUUAACAUUCGACAUAAUCCCAAGGAGGGAAUAGAACACAGUUCCAACCCUUUUGCGGGGAAGGAGAUCCCCACCUGUGGACCCAAUGGGAUUAACACACCAAAGGGACCAAUGCAAAUGCACAGACUUAGCACCAUGGAUGGAUUAAAUAACCUAAACAACUCACUCGGAAAAAUGAAUACGCUCACUAGACUUAACACGCUCAACGGAACAACCCCCAUUAACCACAUAGUAACAGCCGAAUCGGAAAGAUUUCUACAGGAGUUAAAAAAUUUCUACAUUAUAAUGACGACCACGAAUAAGACGUAUGUUUCUCCUGACUGCAUUUUGGGUCUCCUCCCAUAUGAACUGAACAACCGAAACCAACAAGACGUGACAGAACUGCUUAGAUACAUUUUCGAUAAAUUGGGAGGAUCGAGUAAAGAAUUCCUUCGACUAAUAUUCUCUGGUGUGCUUGUGCAAAAAGUCCAGUGUCAGAAAUGCUUCUUUGUUUCGAAAAAGGAGGAAGUCAUUCACGAUUUGUCCUUCCCUGUUCCUGUGAGGGCAUCAGAGAGACUUUCCAUUCAGAAGUAUUUCGAUUCGUUUGUGCAGAAGGAGAAAAUCCACGGGUCCAACAAGUACCGCUGCUCCAAGUGCAACAAGAGAAGGAACGCCCUCAAGUGGAACGAGAUCAUCUCUCCUCCGUGUCACCUCAUUUUGAUCCUCAACAGGUACAACUGGUCCUUCAGCUCCAACGAAAAGAAGAAAGUGAAAACGCACGUGAAAGUCAACUCGAAAAUUGUGGUGAACAAUUUUGACUACAAGCUGUAUGGAGCUAUAAUCCACGGAGGAUCAUCUGCCUCCUCCGGUCACUACUACUUCAUUGGGAAGAAGUCCGAGAGGGACCCCCAGGACGAAACGAACGACUGGUACCAGAUGAACGAUUCGGUAAUCACCAAGACGAGCUCCAAGUCUAUAAAUCGGAUUUCCAAGGAUCCCUCCAACGACCACACGCCCUACGUUUUAUUUUACCGCUGCAAGCAGGCGCCCCCCUCCCCCGCGUUACACUUUUAG